AGGGGAAGCGCUUUUAUGCAAAAUGGAUCACUGACCGAUGUCAUAAGCACCUGUUUUGUUGAUUGAUGCGUACAUGGAAGAAUGUGCAUUAGUUUUGGAUGAUUCAACUCUUAAGGACAGAACUUCCAGAAUGAAGAAAUUAUUUGAACGAUGUGGAACCUUGAGGAAAAAAUGCAAAGCACUUGAAAAAAAGCUUUCAAAUUUAUCCAAGGGUAAAGAGCCAACAGUUAUACCCAAUUUUGAUGAGGUUAGAUGUGAUGAGUCGGACCGUAUGCAUGCACUUGAGGUGAGGUUGGGGAAAAUAGGUAAUAAACUGGAGCCUGAUGAAGUGGAGCAAUCUUAUUUCAACAAUAUGAAAGGUAAAGACGAAGCUAGUGAAAGACAGGGAAACAAGCCAUCAACUGGAUGGGCUGACAAUGAUAGCGAUGAUGACGAUGAUGAUGAUGAUGACAAUGACGAAGAAGAUGAGGAAAAUGAUGGUGAAGGAGAAGAAGAAAGCAAGAUGGAAACUAGCAAUCCAGAGGAGGAAAAUGAUGAAGAUGACGAAAAAGAAGAUGAUGCAAAGAAGACAAAGUUAAAACGAUUAAGUGUAUUCCGACGUUCCAAGACUGAUAAAGGUGAUGAUGAUCCAGAGAAAGACAAAAAAGACAAGAAAGACAAAGACAAAAAAGAUAAAGAUAAAAAAGACAAGAAAGACAAAGAAAAAAAGGGAAAAGAAAAGUCAGAAAAGGAAAAAGAAAAGGAAAAGGAAAGAGAACGUAAAGAACAAGAAAAGAAGGAGAAAAAAGAAAAGGAGAAAUUAGAAAAGGAAAGAAAAGAAAAGGAAAAGAAAGAGCAGAAGGAAAAAGAACAGGAAGAGAAAAGAAAGAAGAAAGAAAAGGAAAUAGCUGCAAAAUCAGCAAAGAGCAAAAAAGGGGAAGAUGGUGAUGCUAAAAAGGAAAAAGAUGAGGAUAAACGACCUGACUCACCUACUAAAAGAGGCUUUGGAGCUAAAUUAUUCAGUCGAGACUCAAAGAAACCAAAAACAGAUACGUCUAAGCAAGAAAUUGUCGAAGAUGGAAGUGAUGAUGAUGGCGAUGGUGACGAUGAUGAAGAUGUGGUGGAUGGAAUGGAUAGUGAAGAAGGAGAAAGAUCAGAAGAGGACAUGGAGGAGGAGGAGGAAGAAGAUGAAGAGGAGGAAGAAGAGGGACUUGAAGAUCUUGAGGAGGAAGGAGAGGAAGAGGAAGAGGAGGAGGAUGAACAAGUCAAACAAAAGAAAGUUGAGCCUACACAGGACAAGAAGAAAGGAUGGAGCUUAUUCCGCAAAGACAAGUCACCUCAAAGGCAAAUCAAGAAGGAUAAUGAAAAGGAUAAUAAGAUAAAGAAGAAAGAAGACAAAAAGCAAGUAAGAGUACAGGAAGAGGAAGAAGAAGAGGAAUAUGAAGAGGAGGGUGAAGAAGAAGAUGAGUAUGAAGAUGAGGAAGAGGAGGAGGAGGAGGAGGAAGAAGAGGAAGAAUCAGAAGAGGAAGAAGUGGUGGUGAAGGGCAAGAAACCUAAAAAAGUUGAAAGUGAAGAGGAAGAAGAUAGUGAAGAAGUUGAAGAAGAAGAAGAUGAGGAGGAGGAAGAGGAGGAAGAAGAACUAGAUGAUGAUGAAGAAGAGGAAGAAGAAUUAUUUGAUGAAGAAUCUGAAGAGGAGAGUUUCAAACCUCCUGAUGAAGGGAUGGAUUUAUUUGAAGCUGUUUGUGAUUUUGAUGGUGAAGAGGAUGAUGAUCUUAACUUUAAGAGAGGUGCUAUUCUUACUAUCCUCAAUGUUAGAGAGGAUGGUUGGUGGAUGGCUGAAGAUGAAGAGGGUAAUAAAGGUCUGGUACCAAGUACAUACCUCAAGCUGAAGAAAGAGCACAAUGACUACAGAGACGUGCAAUCACCUGAGGUUGAUGAGAGUGGACAGCAGGAUGAAUUGAAUGAGAGUGGUAAAGAGCUAUGGAGAGGUCUUAGAAAGUCAGUUACUGAGACUGGAGUUACUGAUGUAUUAGCAGCAAUGGGUGCUAUACCAGCUGGAUUCAGACCUUCUACUACUGCUAGACAUCUGAAGUCAGAUGCCUACACUCUGUGCAACUUCCUAAAGCCUCGCUUCACAGAGUCUUGUCUAGGGUUCCAGGACCUGAACUGGUCUCCCCAUGAGAACCAGAUACGAGCUAAGACAGUCCGUCUUCAGAAGAUCCUGACCAUCCUCAUGGUCCGUAAUAUGCCUGCUUGUGGUGUAGGAAUUGAAAUCCGAAGUCGGCAUGUCAGAAUCUGUUUCUUUAAUGGGGACAAGAUUCUCAGUAACAUCCACACCAUACAAGCCACAUGGAACAAAAAUGAUCCUAAGACAUGGAGGUUCUCACCAAAGGUUACAUCCCUACUACCUAGUAUAUUAGAUGGAGAUUGUUUCAUAAGGUCAUCUCAUACUGAAGAAAAUAUAGGUCUUCUAUUUGAACUGUGUCUUUCGUAUGUCAGACCGAAAACUGGAGAGAAAGGAGAAUUGAGCUGUGGAUGGGUCAAUGUACCACUCUAUGAUACAUCAACUGGAGCACCAAUAGUUAAUAAAAUGUAUGACCUUCAAGUGCAAGGUGGGACACCCUAUGAACAGGAAGUAGAAGUUGACCCCUCCAUCAGUAGGAGAAAAGAUUCAACAAGUUCAACAGGCAGCUCAAGUAAAUUCCGUUCAAUGAUGUCUGCAAACAAGCAACCAAGACUUCAGAUUAAAUUCAUCACACCAACCAAAGAACAGAAGCCUCUAUUAGACAUGUUACCAGAAACGAUUGUCAGCUCUCUCAGCUACCUUCCAUUUCUCAGUAUAUUCCGUAAUCUUCAAGCUGUAGAGGUCCUUCGGGAUAGGAUAGAUCUCCAGAAUGCAGAUCUGAUUCAUGACCCAGUGCUGGCGAAUUUUCCUGAAGCCACAAAAUAUCCUGACAUCAUGGAUGCAUUAAGGAGUUGCUGGGCAGACAAGAAACUAAAGAACAAGAAGAUUGACAAGAAGAAUCCAGAGCAGAUGAAGGAGCUAUUCAUGACAACCUUCAUGGAUUCAGUGUAUCCUAUUAUGAGACUACCAUCAUUACCUCCUUAUAAAUGGGCUGAUGAAGAAAGAGACAUCGAGAGAUGGCAGGUGAUCUCAGAGUUUCUUCAGUCAAACAAACAGAAAGGGAUCCUUGCCUCCUUCUUGGCUCCUGGUGGAGAACAUAGUCCUUUUGACAUGACAGAGGUAGCCUUCAAUCUAUUUGACUCCUUUCAAGAACUCAAGUGAUUGUUCUCAUCCAAGAGAUCAAUCAUUGCCUUGUUCCAAGCUCAAGAUAGAGAACAGUCACCCAAUGAAGGUCCAUUCCAUUCAAUCUUAUGCAUGCUUUUUACAAACUGAAGUGGUUGUUCUCAUCCAAGGGACCAAGCCUUGCCUCACGUUUAGCUCAAGAUAGAGAACAGUCACCCAAUGAAGGUCCAUUCCAUUCAAUCUUAUGCAUGCUUUUUACAAACUGAAGUGGUUGUUCUCAUCCAAGGGACCAAGCCUUGCCUCACGUUUAGCUCAAGAUGGAGAUUAGUCAUAUUGACAUAACUAUGGUUCAUGGAUGCCUUUAGAUAACUGAAGUGAUUGUUCUAAUCCAAAUCCUUUCAUCUUUUAUGGCAUAGAGUGCAAAUUUUUUGACCAAACAGAUAUUACCUCCAAUCAAUUGAAGUGAUGGGCCUCAUUACUAUUGCCCAUUGUCGUCAAUCUCCUGGAGUAAACACAAGGACUAUCUGUGCACUUCCAUUGCCUUGGAUCUUCUGGACACCUCAUUCCAAGAACUGGAUUGAUUUGACCUCAUUAGUUCCUGAUAGAGGAAUAGUCAUGUUGAUGGGAUGAAAGACAUAGUGGACAUUUGUACAAGUUAAUGACUUGAAUCAAAUUAGAAUACCAAGAAAGAAUGUUAUGAACAUGUAACUGAAAACCCUUAUUUCUUUUAUUUUGAGAUCAGUACUUUGGAUUUGUCUCAUGGACCCUAUAGUCUUUAUGGACAUUAUUGUGGUUUAAGCUGAAGAAAAACGCAUAAAGGGUGUAAAAAAGAAAGCAAAGGACCAAAUAAAUUCUUAUCAGAGAUGCGAACUUGUAAAUUUAUUUUAUUGCCAACAUUUUUCAAUGUUUGUUUGUUGUUGUUGUUGUUUUUUUUUUUUUUGGGGGGGGGGGAAUUGACAAAGUACAAGUAUUUCCAAAUUUUCAUUGAGUUUCAGAUAUCCGUACACUCAUAUUUAAGGGAUUCAUAUCAAUUGAGAGUAUUCUUUGAUGCUCUUUGACAGAAUAAAAAAAUUGAGCAAUAAUAUCUUAAAUAAACAUUAAAAUGUCAAAAUAAUACAUCAGGAUUUUCUUCAAUGAAUACUCAUCUGUUUAAGGAUUAUAGUGGUUUUUUUCUGCUGUGGGAUAAGAAAAAUGGGUGUCAGCUGUGUGUAAUUUGCGUUUGUAAGGGAUAAUUAAAGAUGGAUCUGUAAUCUGCCAUGUACUUAAAAUGAGAAUAUGUAUAUAUAUAUAUUUUCACCUUGCUCUCUGCAUUCUGCACUGAAUUUUGUAUUGUAAACUAUUACACUCUGGGAAAGAUGCCCAAAAAAAAUGUGCUUCUAAAUAUUAACAUGUUUUGGACCUGCUAUUUAAUACUGAUAUAUGUUGGUUUUAAUUAAAACAAAAAUUUCAGGAAACAAGAUUAUUUCAAAAUCAAAGUACAUGAGUAUUAAAAAAAACACAUUAUUUACUUAUUCUCUGUGACUGACUAUGAGGUAUUAAAAUGUGUGAUGAGUAUGUUCUUGUCAGCAAUUUGAAGAAAAUAUAAAUGAUCUACUUUGUAUUUUAGAUAUUUCACAUUUCCAAUUUAGAAAUAAGGCAAAGAGUACACUUUCAUGUUUUCUAAUUAAUACACAUACUUUUUCAUUCGAAUUGUAUUAGAUUUGUUAAUAUAUAUGCAAUGUGAAGUAUCCUUAGUUUGAAUAUUUCCCUAAUGUUGAUAACAUUGCCCAAAUUUUAUUGAAUAUUACAGAGAAUCUUAAAUGGAUUUAAACAACAGUGUGUUCACUGACUUCAUUCCAUUUUUAAUUUGCUCUUUCUCAGAAUUAUGUAUGUUAUGUUUGUUAUUUUUCUUUAAGUAAACAGAGAAACAAUUUCAGACACAAACAUCCAAGGUUUACUACUUGAUUUAUAGGAUUUUAAUGUUGGCCUGUGUAUUUUGGUUUCUAUAACACUGUGUAGUUGGUUUCACCCCACUGCAUAUGUCUAUCAUGAAGACUACAUGUAGAGCCUCUCUGUGGUAGGUUUGUUGUCAUUUUGAUUCAGCAGUAUAUUGAUUUUUAUUACCCUGUUCUCAUUAAUUACAGGAUGAAUUCCUUUGAAUACACUGAGAGCUGGAAGCAUCAGCUCAAUAUUUAGCUGUGGUAAUAAUUUUAUAGUGCUCCUCUGAAUAGAUUAUAUCUAAAUAGAUGGCGCAAUAUAAAUAUUAUUUAUUAUCUCUCCCUCUCUCUCAAUAUUUUGAUUUGAAAUUUGAUUUUGGUGAUCAUUUUGUUUGUGAAUGAAUUUAGAAUGAUUAUGGGAUGAUGUGCAAUAUGUUCUCACAGUUGAAUGAAAUAUAAGAGUUAUUUCUACUGUACUGCCAAUUACUAUUUUUGUCUUUUUUACAUACCACCAAUUGUUGAAGUGAUGAAAUUUGUGACCAAAUAAGAAAUGGUCAGCAAAGAAACUUUAGAAAAUUUCGUCAACAAAUUUGAUCAGAAGCACAACACCUUGAAAGUUUAUUGACCAAAGUCAUGAAAACAUAACCUUGAUUCUGAAUUGUUGCAAUCCAAAGAUUGUAAACCUGUAAUUUUUGUGAUGCUAUUUGAUGACCUAAUUGAAAUAGGGAUAUCUAGUAAAUUAACAAUAAAAUUUUUGCUGAAACUGUAAUGGAA